GGGCCUCCGGGACCUGAGGUCGCGACCUCGGAAAAACCUUCCGCAUCCGGGGCAUGGAAUCUGCUUCCGGGUCAAAAGGGCCCGGCAGCGAGAUGGGGAAGAUGGCGGCGGCCGUGGGCUCGGUGGCGACGCUGGCGACAGAGCCUGGGGAAGACGCCUUCCGGAAGCUUUUCCGCUUCUACCGUCAGAGCCGGCCCGGGACCGCGGACCUGGGCGGGGUCAUCGACUUCUCGGCGGCCCACGCGGCUCGGGGCUCGGGUCCUGGUGCCCACAAGGUGGUCAGAUCUCCACUGAGUGUGUCCUCAGUCAGUGAACAUGAUGCACAUAGAGCAGGACUUCAGCCCGUCAGCAAGUGGCGAGCCUAUGGACUUGAAGGUUAUCCUGGAUUUAUUUUUAUCCCAAACCCCUUCCUCCCAGGUUACCAGUGGCACUGGGUGAAGCAGUGCCUUAAGUUAUAUUCCCGGAAACCUAAUGUUUGUAACCUGGACAAGCACAUGACCAAAGAAGAGACCCAAGACCUGUGGGAACAGAGCAAAGAAAUCCUGAGGUCUCCUAUGUUCCUGAGAUCACUGUUUAUUUUUCUUAUUUUCCCUACUUUUACAAAGAAAUACUCAGCAGAUCAUUACACACCUUUCCCUUCUGACCUGGCUUUCCUCUCAGAGCAAGUAGCCGCCGCCUGCGGGUUUCAGGGUUUCCAUGCCGAGGCAGGCAUCCUGAAUUACUACCGCUUGGACUCCACACUGGGGAUCCACGUAGACAGAUCUGAGCUAGAUCACUCCAAACCCCUACUGUCAUUCAGCUUUGGACAGUCUGCGAUCUUUCUCCUGGGUGGUCUCAAGAGGGAUGAGGCCCCCACAGCAAUGUUUAUGCACAGUGGCGACAUCAUGAUAAUGUCAGGUUUCAGCCGCCUGUUGAACCACGCAGUCCCUCGGGUCCUUCCAAAUCCAGAGGGGGAACGCCUGCCUCGCUGCCUAGAGACACCUCUCCCAGCUGUCCUCCCCAGAGACUCAGUGGUAGAGCUCUGCUCUAUGGAGGACUGGCAGGUGUGUUCCAGCUACUUGAAAACCGCUCGUGUUAACAUGACUGUCCGACAGGUCCUGGCCAUGGACCAGAACUUCCCUUUGGAACCUGUAGAGGAGAGAAAAAGAGACAUCACCACACAAAGUUUCUGCCAUCUGGAUGGCCAGAAUAGCCAAGUGAAACGGGCCAAGACAAACCCUGACAGCUGAGGUUUGGAGGUCCCAUUUUUAUUGAGGUAGGUCUUACAGUUGGUUGACUCUGCUAUUCUGAAUUGUCAUGGACUUCAGCACCAAGACAAGCCAAAAACAGGGACGAACUCAUCAUUGAUCCCACCGUUGGCCUUGGAACCCACCUUGGAGACUACACCGAUGAGUCACUUUGCUCAGAGAAAUGUUUGACAUGGUUUGAUUCUAGUUGGACAUCGGCACUUCUGUAUGCUGAGAAGUCAGUCCAAGGAGGUAUGUUUUUUCACGACAGCCUUCCCAGCCUCCGCCAUGCCCUCUGAGGGAAGUAGAGGGAAGUCUCCAUGUCUGCAGAGUCUUUAAAUACCUCAGGUUUUAUUAGUGGGAAACAUGGCACCCUAGCCCACUGCAUCUUAGGAUUUGUGGUAAAUCAUGUUUCCACGAGCCGGUCGCUGGUCACAACUUCUUACUUCAUCCAGGCAUCCUUACAUUAUUUCAUUUUUCUUUCAUCUUCUCUGGCUCUCACAAAAGAAUUCUAUGCAUAUUAAUAUGGUGGAACUGGACAUUUUGUUCCCUAGAAAAUAAAUUAAUCACACCAUCUCUCUUGCCUGGAAGGUAAACGUGUGUGAACCCAAGGAAAGGGGAACAGUAGUUUCUCCACGUGUCGUUUCAGUCUCCAAACUCUUUGGUGGCUUUUCAAUGCAGUUUUGAUUGGUCUACAAACGUCCUAAGGGCAUUUUGUUACUGUUUUCUCCAUGAAUAAAUUCACUUGAUUUUAAAUUAAAGAU